AUGGAUACCCGAAGCUUACACUCACUCACUCGCUCUCCCACCUGGCCCACCUCCCUCCGUUCCUCCCUCCCUCCACUUGGGUCUGAUCAAAGGGAUCGGCUCCCGCUCCCCUCCCGGCUUCCUUUCAGUGAUCGGCUGAACGUUGAGCUGCAUGGGUAUCCGAAGCUGAAGGCGUCAACCACCCUCCCCACCUCUCCCCUUUCCUUUCUCCCUCCAAUCAGUGGUCGGUUGAACAUUGAGCUACAUGGAUAUCCCAAGCUGAACGUCUACUUCGUUGACCUCUUCCACACCCUGGUCAACAUGCCUCUGAAGCGCUUCUCAGUUGUGCUCGUGGCGGCCUAUGCCGCCCUCUUCAUUACCUUCGCCAUCCCCUUCCUUGCUUUUGCACGAGUGGACGGUCUGGAUUGCCUGCCGGGGGUCAAGCGAUUGGAUCAUGCAGUGUGGUUCACCGUGCAAUCUUCCAUGUCCAUCGGGUUUGGUGGCGACCUCACACCCCACCCGGACUGCUUCGUUGUCAACUCAUUUGUUGCUGUUCUCUCUGUGGUGACUCUCGGAUUCGCCUACGCCCUACUGGGUGUCUUCUAUGUCAAGUUUUCUCGCCCCACCCGGCGUGCCGGCACGAUCAAGUUCAGCCAGUGCAUGGUCAUGUACGAGGAGCUUGGGCAGCUCCGCCUCUCCUUCCGAGUGGCUGAUUUCAGGAAGCAUCAAAUCAUAUCU